AUGUCACAACAAUUAGUCUUUAUCACUGGAGCCACCGGUUUCAUUGGGGCACAUGUCGCUACUCAGAUCCUAAAGGCAGGAUAUCGAGUCCGCCUCAGCAUCCGACGACUCGAACAGAUCGAGAAACUCAAGAACCACUUCAACAACUUUGCCAACCAGUUGGACUUUGUUCAUGUACCGGACUUUACGAAACCCGAUGCCUUCGAAGAGGCUGUACGCGACGUUCAUUUCGUUGUCCACAUUGCUUCGCCUAUGUUGGGACAGGGUUCAGACUUCAAAAAGGAUUACAUCGAUCCGGCUGUUCAAGGAACAAUCUCAGUUCUGAACGCUGCUAAGUCUGCACCCUCUGUCCAGAGGGUUUUGGUAAUGUCGUCCAUCUUGGCGUUAAUGCCUCUUGGUGGUCUGCAGGAUCCGUCAAUCUCAAUUCAAGAAAACUCAGGCAAAAAGCUGGAGGUCGACGCGAACAUGGAUGUUCCCGACGGUCCAGCCGGAAAUGCCGUUAUGUACCAAGGUUCCAAGAUUCUAGCACACGAGAAAACGAAAGAGUGGGUAUUGGAGAACAGCCCUACCUUCUCUUUGUUUACCUUCCAUCCGACCUUUGUGGUAGGCCCUAGCAUCUUCCAGGAAAGGUUUGAGCAAAUUGAUAGUAUCAACAAGUUCUUCUUCGACACAGUCCGUACCGGAAAUAUCAUUGUUCCACCCUUAUUUGUCGAUGUUAGGGAUGUUGCAGAUGCCUUUGUGGGGGCCCUGGUUGCAACUAUCCCCGACGGUCAAGAAUUCAUCCUUACCGGCCAGCCUACGUCUUGGCCUGAGGUUGGCAAGGAGGCAAAGGCUCUUUACCCUGACGCAAAGUUUGAGCUAGAGUCGACAGCUAAAGAGGGCUCGCCCAUGGAUGUGGUUCCCCAAGCAGCCAAUCGCUUCCUGAACAUGAAGUGGAAGUCAUUAACGGACCUUGUUCGAGGCGUUCUUGACCAGCAGCUUGCACUUGAAGCUCAAGCAGUAUAG